CCAUCUCGCGCCUUCCCUCUUGUCUUUCCUCGAACUGCUGCUAGCUAUCGGUGUGUGUUGUUGUUGAAGCAAUGAUGGCGGCAGCGGGAUGCGGAUCAGCAACCGCGGCUGCCGUAGGAGGCCAAGGUGGUACCGCUACGGCCAGGGGUCGUUUCCCCGGUCGGCCUUGGUCGUCUCGCAGUCGUUUGCGCUCUGAGAAACGAUGGCAGCUCGGGCGAUCAGGGGCAGAAGCCGAUGAUGUGACCAACGGAGGCCCAAGGCCCACAAACCUGGUCCUUUCGUUAAACGAAGACCAGUCUCACUUGCGCUUACUUGGGAUAGAGGCGAACCACAAGAGCCUUGGCCAGGCUGGAUACAGCUCAAGUGGGAGUGAAGAGGUGAGGUCCCAAACCGAGCCAGGAGGGGAUGAUUUCAGAGGAUUUGAAGCUGAGAGAAAAGGCUACAAAGGACCUUUACGAUCCCGACAACAUCCUUCCAAAGGUGAUCCUGUCAACACAAAAUCUAAACGACAGACAGAGAAGCUACCACUUCAUAGUCCAACAGUGGAGACAGCUCUCACCUCUCCUGAUCCUGAAAAAGAUGAAAACUCCAUGCAGGAAGUUCACAGCUUAUCUCCUGAAGCAGAGCCUGCAAAGGAUAGCAGAAAGAGUUCAAAAGGAAAAAACACUACAGAGAGACAGUCCACCAAAAGCGGAGCCUCCUCAACAGCACCAAGGAUUACUAUUAAGUUGGUGGCUAAAAAGAAAGUGAAAAAGGUAAAGGAGCCUCAUAAAAAAUCUGUGAAGAAGUUGAAGAUUAAAGCAUUUGAGGAUCAGCCUAAAGCCAAGGAAAUCCAAGGUGACCAGAUUUCAAGUGCUCAUGUCAAAUUAAAAACUGAACCACAUGAUCAUCAACACAGCACAGAGGAUAAAGGAGAGGAAGCUGUACCUGCAAGAAGGCGUGGAAGAUCUGCCUCAAAGAGUACAGAACCUGGCUGGCCAGCUAAUGUCAAAGUUGAGGUUGAUGACCAAAAAUCAAAGGAGAAAAAAUCUGCAGGCCAACCUGACAUUGCACAGGAAAGUGGGACAAUGGAAAUUACAACAAAUGCAAAGAAAUCCAAGCAGAAAGAAAUGACGACAGAGCAAGGUUCUGACAUGAAUCAAGUGGGGAUCCGUAGGAGCCGCAGAGUCACUAACCCUCCCUCUAAAAGCGUCCCAGACUGUGCAACUCAACCAGAAAAUCAGAGUACAAAUGAAGUCAGUCCAGCAGAGUCGGUGUUAGAAGUUUCAAGAAUAGAGGAGGCCAAACCUUUGACAAGAAAUUCUAGGCGCAGGCAGAGCAAGAGGCUGAAUAAGGAUGUUACAGUGCCAGAAACUCAUCAUCCAUUAUCCAUAGAGCCUGAUAAACUAGCUGUUGAAUCUAACAACAGUUUGCCUUUAAAAAGCGAGGACAUGAGGGUUCCCGGCUUGAAGCUGAUUAGGAUCAGAAACCCAAAAUACGAUGCUCAGUCAAGUGGAAAGAAUUCUCGUAAGAAAAAGCGGAGUAAAUUUGUAUGGACUUUAACAUUAGUGAAGAGAGAGAGCCAAAUACAGGGUGCUGAAAACACCAAAGUAACAGAGAAGAGCGUGAGUGAAGUGUCUCAGUCCACUCUUUCUGAUACCAGUGUCAUUAAGUGUUUGGAGGGGAUAGAUAAAAAAGCAAGAAUAGACAAUCCAGCUCCACGGGAAAUUUGUAACAUGGAUAGUAAUGAGAAGUCUUCCCAAGACGUAACUGACAUGUCGUUUGAGGAAAAGUCCACUUUACAUGUGGAAGUUGAAGUGGAACAUAUAACUGAACCGCACCAACAAGAAACCACUAAAACAGAUUGUGGGAAAGUUCCUCCUCUUCAGAUCAAGAAAGUUGCCUCACCUGGUAAACAUAAAAGUUCGAAGCCAUCCUUUUUAAUUCAGCAAGUUAGUCCAGUGUCUGAAAAGAAAGAUGAUCUCAUCAAAGAUUUAAGCAGAGAUAAUGAGGAUAACACAUGUACUGUAGAUUCACAGGUCAUACCAACCACGAGACUAAGGAGAAGAGCAUCAAACCCUGCUGUACCAAAAUCUAAGUGUGAUAGUCAUAAGUCAUUGACGACUAAAAAGCGGCGGCUUCGAACAAGUCCAGAUGAUGAAGAUACUCAACAGGUGCGUGCUGAAGAUUCUUCUCAGGGUUUGACUAAAGAUUCUACCCCCCCACAUGUUCUUCCUGAAGACUCCUGCCAGGUUUUGGCUGAAGACUCCUCACAGAUAAACAGUAAUAACUCUUCUCAAGUUCCUGAUAAUGAUUCCUCACAGAUUUCUGAUAAUACCUCACUGGUGCCUGCUCAAGUUCCUGAACAGAAGCAGAAGAGCGAGGUAGAAUUACAGACAGAAGAGACCAAACCAUUGCCCGUGCCUUCCAAACCUAGAGGAUGCAUAACUAACCGUUCAGUGAAAAAGAGGUCUGUUCAGAGGAAGAAGCCAGUUGUAUUUUCUGAAACUACUCAGAACACAGAGUUGGCCACAGCUGAGCCUACUGAUGCAGAACCUGUGGUAAAUGAAGAGACUCAGCCUGUGGUUAAAGAAGUAAUUCAGACAGAAGUAAAAGAUUGCAACCAAGCAGAGGCAAGAGAGGACACUGUAUCAGUGGGAGAGAAUGUUCAGUCAGUGGUAAAAGAGGAAACAGAUAUUCAAUUAAUAGAUAGUCAAAUGUCUUUGGUAACAGAGCAUCAUGCAGGUGAUCAGAAAACAUCAGGUCAACAAAGAAAAUCAUUCAAACAAGGGAAAAAGAGGCGGAAAAGUUUGAUUGGACAGCGUCAGAAACAUAGGCACAGGACCAGAGAUGGGAAGUUUGCUUCAGUUAAAUUACCUGGAAAUUCUAAGACACAAAGUGUUGAGGAGGAUAAUGAAAUUUCCACCCCAGCUGCAGCGUCCACACCGCUCCCAAGCUCUAAACUUAUUGGCGUACAAAAAAAGAAUAAAAGGAGACAGAUAGGCCUUCAGUUCAUUGGUUCCAAAAGACCAAAAGCACAAUCUAAAACCAUAUCAAAGCUUGUAGGAAUAGGGCUCGACAAAGCCAUUUUGAAGCAGGAAGAAACGGACUCUUUAGUUGAUGAAGCACAAGCAGAUGUAUUAGAUGCCCAGCCUGGUAGAUCAAAGUUUGUCAAAAACAUUAAGCACUUCAUCAUGCCUGUUGUUAGUGCCAGGUCCUCACGAGUGAUUAAGACGCCACAAAGAUUCAUGGAUGAUGCUGGCAUGUCAGUUUUGCCACGAAGAAACUCUCCAAAGAAGGGUCUACAGUUGGGCAUGCAGAUACGGCAAGGAAAGAGACGAGAUGAUGGCAGAGCGAUAUCUCCUGUACUGCCAGUCGAGGAUGAGGAUAUACUGAGUGAAGCUCAACUGGAUGUCAAUUUGUUUUCAGCUCAGGAACUUGAUAACAACACUGAUAUCACUGACAGCAUGUUUUCUGAGAAAAAAUGUGGAAAAAUUGAAAAGAGGAAGUCUCUUCUGAGGAACCCCAGUUUCAAGUGGCAUGUUCCAGGAGAGACUAGUGAGGAGAUACAUACACUGGACAAAACUCCAGAGAGCAAGUAUGAAAAUGUAUUUUUAUCCAAACAAUUUGAAAUGUCUGCAGACCAAUCUACUGACCCCCAGGUUGCCCACAAAAAGAGAAAGAACCCUAAGUUUAAUAAGCAAACUUCUCACCUCAAGAUUUAUGAAAGGCUGAAGAAGUUACCCCCAGGACUUCCCAGAAUCAGGAAGACAACAGAGACGGAUACUGUUAGUAAACCUCCUCAGCCUCCCAUUGAUUUAGCAGAAGGCCUUGAUGAUGAGGUCAUGAGCAUUAGUCUUAGGCAGCGGAACACAAACACAGAAAAGGGUAAAUCCAAGCUCAAGAUAGAGGACCUUGAUACACCUGGAGUGGUGAGAAAAGUUUCUGUGUGUGUCCGGACUAUGAACUCCAAGUUCCUUGCAUUUAAGUCAGGUGAAGAAGAGGACUUAACAGGGAAAGAGAAAACAAAAGCUACCAAAACUCUCUCAGGAAAGCUGCAGGAAGAACAGGCGUUCAGUGCAGGUGUUGAAGGUGAUGGUCCUGCGUCUGUGGAGAAGGGAGCCUCUCAGAGAAUGCGCCUCACUGGUGCAAAUAAAAGAAUGUUCAACCUCCUCAAGAAAGCCAAGGUCCAGCUUAUUAAAAUUGACCAGCAGAAACAGCUGAAGUCAUCUGGGCUUUUAUCUGGCUCAUCUGGCACCAGAUCUAGAGACGUGACAUCUAAGAGACAGAGGAGGAAACCAAAGGCGCCGCUUGAUCCUGAAGUCCCAGUAAAGACAGAACCCCCUCAAGGACACCCGCAGCAUCUCUCCCCCCUGUGCCAGGAGUUCCGUAGAGCAGGGGGUCCACGUAUAAAACACGUGUGCCGUGCUGCAGCGGUGGUGCUCGGGCAGCCUCGAGCCUUGGUCCCUGAUGACAUCCCCAGACUUAGUGCCCUGCCACUGCAUGAAAGAACUGGAAUCUCCCCUUCAGUCAUUACUAAAGACGUUGGGUCUCCCUCAGAGUCAGACAGUCCUGGGCUGUCAGAUCAAAAGGUCACCAAGGUCAAGAAAGCGUCUGCCUUUGUUAAACGGAAGGGGCUCGGGCCAUUUGGGUACCGCUCUCGGAGAUGUGGAGUAUGCAAAGGCUGCAACCACGAGGAUGAUUGUGGCAAGUGCAUGAACUGCCUUGACAAACCCAAGUUUGGUGGUCCUAAUACAAAAAGGCAGUGUUGUGUGUAUAAGAGGUGCGAUCAGAUUGAAGAGAGGAAAGCGCGCCGUCUAAGUGGCAGAUCAGUUCCAAAAGGUGCCUCUAAGCGGAGGCGAUCAUCUCUCAGUGGGGGUCAUUCAAGUAAUGAGGAAGGGAACGAGGGUGCUGCAGAGUCGCCAUCUCGUCUCCAGGGUGACAGUCAGAGUCCGUCUGUAAGGAAGCAGCCAAAGCGUGUCGUGAAACCCCGUGUUUACUUUGACCUGGUAGAUUACGACUCUGAUCUGGACAUCAAAGCCGUAUCAAGCUCUGCCUCCCCAGCCAGGAGAAGGGGGCUUGGACCCCGUUUCAGUCAAGACUUUGUGUCACUGGAUGGAUUCCUUGGAGAUACUUCAGAUGAUGAAGUCAGGCAUCGAAGGCCCACCUCACACCGUGUACCACCUGGGCGGCGUAAAACUGAGAAGGGUCCUCUGGAACAGACACCUCCUAGUGUCUUAGCUGCCUUGGCCCAUGGGUUUGAGCAGAGAGAGACAGAGUCUUCUGAACCUACUCACAAGAUCAGAGUAGACUUCAAGGAGGACUGUACUCUGGAGAACGUCUGGAAUAUGGGUGGUCUAAGUAUAUUGACCUCUGUGCCCGUCAUGCCACCUUGUGUCUGCCUUCUCUGUGCCAGUAAAGGACAGCAUGAGAUGCUCUAUUGCCAAGUAUGCUGUGAGCCCUUCCACCAGUUUUGCCUUGAGCCAGCGGAACGCCCUUCCGAGGAGAACAAAGAAAACUGGUGCUGUCGCCGCUGCAAGUUUUGCCAUGUAUGUGGCAGGAAAAACAAGCUCUCAAAGCCUUUGUUGGAGUGUGAGCGUUGCCAGAACUGUUAUCAUGCUGCCUGUCUUGGACCCAAUUAUCCCAAAUAUAACAAGAAGAGGAAGGCCUGGGUGUGUAUGACAUGCAUCAGGUGUAAAAGUUGCGGCGUCACACCAGGGAAGAGUUGGGACACUGACUGGAACCACGACAAAGGACUCUGUCCAGACUGUUCACACCUCUUUGACCAGGGUAACUACUGUCCAAUCUGCUUCAAGUGCUACGAGGACAAUGAUUAUGAUAGUCAGAUGAUGCAGUGUGGCACCUGUAACCACUGGGUACAUGCCAAGUGUGAGGAUCUAACAGAUGAUCUGUAUGAGAUCCUGUCAAGCUUGCCAGAGAGUGUGGUGUACUCUUGUCGGCCCUGCAGUCUGACCCAGCCUAGUGCCUGGAGGGAGCUGCUCUAUAUUGAGCUCAGGGCUGGUGUGGAGAAAGUGCUAGCUUGCUUGCUUUCUUCUACCCUCACCCAGCACCUUGUCACCUGCUCACAGUGUGAGAACUCGGUUGAUCCUGACAGUGGGAUUGAAGGCCAGCCAGCCUGUGAUCUCCGAGCUGUUGGAAAGAAGUUUGACAAGGGCCUUUACACCACGUUGAAAACAUUCCAUGAGGAUGUGGUUCAAGUUGUGCGGAAGAGACUUGAGCAGGAGGAGAAUCUUCCAGAGGAGGAGCGACCAACUGCCCUUGCACGCUCUUACUACCUAAAGCUUUUGGAAGAAGUAUUCAAUUGGUUCAACAGCCAAGACCCAAAAGUGUGGGAACCUUGCACCAAAGACUUACCCAUGGGGAUGCUAUCCCAUGCUGUUCACCCUCCUACAACUGAGCAUGUUUAUGCUCAGUGGCGAGAGAGGGAGGAACUGCAGUCCAGGGCUCCACUAAGGGUACUGCAAGAGGACAGUGUGCAAAGCUUAGAUGUAAAGGAGGAAGAUGUUGCAUCCCCAAUGUCUGGUGAGCCAACCAUUCGGAACCAUUUCAAGACCAGCAGAGCUGUCAGACUCAAAUUCAAAGGGAAACGGGGCCGGCUUUCAAAAGCAGAUCUGGACACUGGAUGGUCAAAGGAUGAUGAGAGGCAGUGCUCUUUGUGCCAAAAAUACGGAGACCUUAAACCCAAUGAAGCAGGCAGGUUGCUAUACCUUGGCCAGAAUGAGUGGGCACAUGUCAACUGCUGUUUGUGGUCAGCUGAGGUGUUUGAGGAGGACAAUGGAUCUCUGCUGCAUGUACACAGUGCUGUCACAAGGGGCCGCUUGAUGCGAUGUGAGCGUUGCAACCAGACAGGUGCCACAGUUGGUUGCUGUCUCACUUCCUGUCAAAGCAACUACCACUUUAUGUGUGCCCGCUCCCGCCACUGUGUGUUCCAGGAUGAUAAAAAGGUCUAUUGCUACAAGCACAGACAUCUCAUCAGUGGCAAGAUGAUAUCCGGUCAAGGGUUUGAGGUAAACCGCAGGGUGUAUGUGGACUUUGAAGGGAUUAGUCUCCGCAGAAAGUUCUUGACAGGACUCGAGCCUGAAUCCAUCAGUGUAAUGAUUGGUUCCUUACAGAUUGACAAGCUAGGUGUGCUCACAGAGCUUUCAGUUGGUAAAGGGAAAUUGUUCCCUGUGGGUUUUCAGUGUUCUCGGUGGUACUGGAGUACAGUUAAUCCUCUGCGCCGGUGUAAAUACACGUGCACAGUCCGGGAGGUCAGGCCUGUUGUCCCUGAGAAGCCUGUUGAGGAGAUGCCUGACCAAGGAGACAAUCACACCAUUGCCCACAGCCCUUGUCCCCCGCCUGUGACUUCUUUGUCAGAAUCUGAAGCCCAAGUGACUGACACCGCAGAAUCCCAAACACCAACUGAGGUAACGCUCAGCCAUCCAGGUCCAAUCCAUAAACCUGAUCAUGCGGCAAGGCCAAAAAUUCCCAGUUAUCCACAGACCAGAAGGCCAGCUGGAGGAAUGUCCAGACCUCUGCCAUCACCAGGAGCAACCCAGUCGAAACCCCACCACAUAUUAACCAUAAGUGAUCUAGAAGAGACUCGAAGGCCUCGUCGUCACAGCCCACACUCACAGACAGCGGGCCUCCGCAGUCACAUGCCCCCUCCUCCCUUGGGCACUCUUAGUGGACCGAUUACCCUCCGUGCUGGAAAAUCUUCCCUGCCCACUUCUCCGCUCUUCCCACUUGGUGCUACCGACAACCUGCUAACCUCUCCAUCACCCCGCCCAGUUGGAGGUAGAAGUGCUUCUUCUGUCCGAUGCCCUGGGAGUACAAUGACCCAUUCUACCUCAGCUCCGUUUCCCCAUGCUGCAUGGCAAGACAGUGUAGGAAGCUUUCCAUCAUCAAACCUGUCUUUCUCUUCAGCCAUCCAGCAUUCACCUAGACCCCGAUUGUCAUUUGACCUGAGCCAGUCAGACUCUGUGGAGGUGCCGCAUAACUUUUUGGCUUCGCCAGAGCCUGAAGAUAUUUCUACAGCAAAUGGUACAUCACCCCUAAGGGACUCGGUCCAACAGAAGGACCAAGAAUUCCCCUAUGGGUCCUUCCACAAGGACCCUGACAUGGCUCUGGGCUCUGAGCUAAAGACAGAGCUGGAAAUUGAAGAGACACUUCUGAAUGAAGGAGUGGCAAUGAACUGUGGGGGUCAGAUAGUGGUGGAAGGUGAUGACCAGGAGGAAUUUUGGGGAAGAGCCCGAGAGGUACACAAACGUAAGGCUCUUGUUGCCUCUCUGCCACGAUCUUCAGCCAGGGAUGACAUGGGGAACACAUCCUCUGAUGAUGAUAUGGAGCACUAUUUUGACUUUUCACGAACAAUAGUCAGCUGUGGCUCAAGAGAUCAUUCUAAGUCUCCAUCCUCCCCUUCCUCUCGACCUAUUACUCAGUUGGAUGGUGUAGAUGAUGGUACAGAGAGUGAUGCCAGCAUAACUACCAGUGAUGAUACUCAGAAAGGUGAGGGUUCUAGUCAAGUUCCGAUACCGGCCAAAAACCUUAAUCAUAAGCUCCUUAAACCAGAAACUGCAAGCAACAAGGACAGUGUUGAGCAGGGUCCGGUCCCUAAAGCAUUGUGCACUGACAAGCUCACAGAGUCUGCCACUGUUGCAGCUGCCAGCCAAACGUCUAUGGAUAGUUUACUCCAGGAUCCACCCAAAGCCCAUCACACAGCUCACUCAAAUGAGGAUGGUAUAAGCUUUGUUCCUUCACAGACUUCCACAGCUUCUCCACAGCAAGGCUCUGUCACUCCCUUAGAAGCACAGAUGUGCCAUCAGGAGACUCUGCUGGCUGCUCCAAUUCAAGAGGCUCUGCCUAACUUGAUCAAUACAAAGGUGCCUGAAACCUCAAAUCCAGAAGAGUUAUUCCAGGGAUCCAGUUUAGAAUUUGCCUCUGAGACGCCUCUUGUUCUGGAAAGGUGUGAUCCUCCCUCUCCCAGCACCCAUUUAACUGAGCUGGUUCCUCUUCCCAUUGAGACCCAACAGUCUGAAGUCCCUAAACCCCUCUUCUCAGAGUCGGACAGCAGUCACUUUGUAUCAUCCACUGAGGGGUCUACUGUGUACAUGAACCACUUAACAGCUAAUACAGCAGAACCUUCAUUGGCUGAUUCUGCUGACAGUAGUCAGGGCUCUUUGUUGGAUCUUCUUCAACCUUCUUGUCUAAUGUCCACAGAUCUGCAUAACCAUUCUCAAGUUCUUGUGGACCCAUUGCAGAUGAAUCCGUCUCUGCCAGGUUUCAGUCAGCCCCCUCUUACAAGCAUUACACUUCAACAAGUCACAUCCUCACAAGACCCAACAAACUUGCCACCCAUGGAUUCAUUGUGUACUAAACUAACCACCCUCAGUCCAGUUGGAGACAUGUCACAAACACCAGUGAAUGUAACCCCUCAAAAUGAUCCAGAUCCAAUGUUGUCAGCUACAUCCAGCACAUGUCAUCCAGUAGCAACUUUUGGAGCCGUCUCUGUACCUAUGUACACCACACAAACACAGCCAUUAGCUUCUACAGCAAUUACCAUUGUUUCUUCCUCUCCCUCAAUAUCAUCUGCUUCUGCUGGACUGUCAUCACAGGGUCCAUCUAUUCCAUCAUCAGUUCAGACUACCUCAGUCCCUGUGAUGUUAAAUGGUUACAGUUCCUCAUCUUUGCAGAAGGAAGCUUCAUCUGGUCACACAAUCUCCAUCAACUUUGCCACACCUAGGCCAGCUUUAGAGCCUCAACAGCCAGUAGUGCCCCAGGCCUUACCUGGUCAUGCCAUCCUUACUGUAAAGGAGGUAGGAGGUCCCAAUGUAGAUCCUACACCGCAUGUCCUACUGGUGAACCGCCUUGGUCAGAUCUUUGUUAAGAACCCAGAAAGCAACACUUUCCAGCUGCCCACACCCAACUCCCCUUCCUAUAACUGUGUCACUCAGAUAGCCAGCCUUCUACAAAGUAAUGCGCUGUCAGCCACACUGGCAGCAGCUGGUAACAUGACUGCUCCAGCUCCUGGGACCAAUGUGGCAGCAGCAGUUCCUCAGGUGGUAACACCCAUAGUUCAGAAUCCAACCACUAUUACGCAACUGCUCACUCACAACAGCAAUGGAGCAAUGGCACCAGUAAAUGUCAAAAAGUCAAAAAAGAAUGCAAGAACAUCAACAGAUGAUGCUAUUCCAGAGAUGAAGAAGCCAAAGAAAAAGAAGGAGCCCACUGCGUCCAGAAGAUCCAAGUCAGCCAAGGCCUUAGGGCCUUCUACUCCCCGGACUGAGAGUCCUCCCAUGACUCCUGCGGAAAGUGCCCAAGCUAUUAUCACCCAAGCAAUGGCCAGUAACUACACCCCCAAGUGGGGUGGGUUUCGAACACUUAGCCCUUCCUCUCUGGUUUUGCCCCCUGGUCUGUUAAUUGAACCUGAGCCUCCAAAAUCACCACCAUUACAAUUGCCAAACCCUGCACCCCGUCCUCGCACCCAUGUCCGCAUGAAAAGGGUGUCCUCCCUUUCAGACCGCAUUGUUACAAAGAAGUCCAAAGUUGAUUUUCUAGAACCAGAGCCUCCUAGUGAUGAUGAUGAGCAUUGUAGACCCCACUGCCCAAGCAUCACCAGGGCUUCAGGAGUUCGCAUCAAGACUCCAACAGUGAAAGCAGUGCUGAACCUGGACAAGUUGAAUGAGGAGCAUCUCAGUGACUCUGACAGCACAGGGUCAGAGUCUUGGGAUUGUCUCUCGAUGUCUCGGGGAGAAACGGGCAAACUACCUGCUUUGGAAGCAGUGGGACACAGCACUCUGACUGACUGGAAGAAGUAUUCAGGCUCUGCCUCUACCUCAGAUGAUGAACCACUGCCAUCUGACGAGGAUGUAGAGUUCCCUGGAAACAGAGAGCAGCCACACCUACUAUUCCAGAUAACCAGUGAUGAUGGGUUCAGUGUGGAGGCAGACAGCAUUGAGGUUGCUUGGAGAGCUGUGAUAGACGGGGUGCAGGAGGCACGGGCAAUUGCUAGGCUGAGACAGCUGACCUUCCUCGGGAUGACUGGUGCCCGUAUGUUGGGCUUGGUCCACGAUGCAGUGGUGUUCUUGGUGGAGCAACUCCAAGGAGCACGCCGCUGUCAAGGCCAUACCUUCCGUUUCUUUAAACAGUUCACCCAGGAGGAGGACCUGCCUGUCAAUCCCAGUGGCUGUGCCCGCUCUGAGCUCUACCUUAGGAAGUCGACAUUUGACAUAUUUAACUUCCUGGCUUCUCAGCACAGACAGCUGCCUGACAUAGGGCCAUACGAUGAUGAGGAAGAUGAGGUUCUCCUGAAAUCCACAAGACGUGCAACUAGCCUGGAGCUACCCAUGGCCAUGCGUUUCAGACAUUUGGAAAGGACAUCCAAGGAGGCUGUAGGCGUGUACAGGUCUGCUAUCCAUGGGCGUGGUCUGUUCUGCAAGAGGAACAUUGAAGCAGGGGAGAUGGUUAUUGAAUAUGCAGGCAUUGUCAUUCGCUCAGUGCUCACUGACAAAAGGGAGAAGUACUACGAUGGCAAGGGUAUUGGCUGUUAUAUGUUCCGCAUUGACGAUUUUGACGUGGUGGAUGCAACCAUGCAUGGCAACGCAGCACGAUUCAUCAACCACUCCUGUGAGCCUAACUGCUACUCACGAGUCAUCAACGUAGAGGGCCAGAAGCAUAUCGUCAUCUUUGCCCUUAGGAAGAUCUAUAGGGGGGAGGAACUCACAUAUGACUACAAGUUUCCCAUUGAAGACGCCAGCAACAAACUCAGCUGUAACUGUGGGGCUCGGCGGUGUAGGCGCUUCCUCAACUAAGUGAUCCCUCGUAUGAAAAGGGGAGAAUCCUGUUUACUAGUUAAGCCUUAAAUUAAGGUGUCACUGGAUUGGGCUUGGGGUGGCAGAAGGCAGUCUGCACAGCAGGGGAAUUAGCCACUAUGAGACUGGGAGAGGAGAUGGCCAAUAACUUACGGUAUGUCAGAAAUGAUAGGUGGAUAAGAAUAGAAUGGGGAAUAGGAAGAGAACCUGCCCAGCAAAUUUACUGUUGAUAUGUUUCUUGCCUGCUUUUUGUUCACAACGACCUGUAGCCUAGAUACACCCACUAGUGUGAACAGUUUAAAUGUAUAGCUGGCUGAGCAAGAUCGCUCAAAAGAUAUUGCGGUGUGGGUGUUCAUGAGAACAGGAUAUUUAAAAGUUGGGGAUUGCCCGUUUCUUAAUUUAUAGCACCAGUGAGUUUUACUUUGAUACACACGUCAAGCCUUAUCUGUUUCAAUCAUUGCUGGUAACCUAUACCUAGUCUUGGAGAUUUCUUAUCUGAUUUAUUCAUUGUUUCAUUGCUUUGGGAUAUGUCUGUCUAUUGUACACUUGUAAUCAUGGUGGCUCCAUCCCCCAGUGAUGGGAUCGCAUAGCCCUUUCCCCUACGGUGGUGAAGUCCGUUAUUGAGCCAUAAUGCCCACCCUAACCUGAUUCAUCAUUUGUGUCUUUUAUAUUUAACUUUUGUCAGUUGGUGGAUUUUUCUUUUUAGAUGUAUAUUUUUUUUUCCUUUAACAAUAAGACAACCAUGGACCAUGGUGCUAAGAUUUAAAAGGGUCUUUAAUCUCUUAUGCUUGACUAAGAUGUCCUGCAAAUCAAAGUCAUUUCAUUAACCUUGCUGACACCAUGUGCAUCAAACGGACACACUCAAGCAGUACUUCAAAGUCACUUAUGUGUCUGCUAAGUGGCAUCUGUUUGAUUUUAGGUCUUCUAAUUUCACCUAGUCUCCUCCCAUCUUGCAUUGACAUGGAUAGCUAUCACCGUGUAACAGUUUGAGUCAGUAACAGAUAGUGUCAUAUGUAAAGACUGAAAAUAGUCUUCAAAACCCUUUUGUUGAUGUACAGUGUAUGUAGCAAACACUACCCAAGCCAAGAGUGAAGAGGUGAAGUUAUUUUUAUUUUACUUUAUUAUUAUUAUUUUUUUAAAUAUAUAUUUUACUACUCUCAUGGCAAAUGCUGAUUACCUACUGCAAUAAGUUUUUGCUGCCGUACAGUUGCACACGUGUACUCAAACAACAUAAUUUUUUUUUUCUUUCUCCUGAAACGUCUCCUGCAGUUCAACUCAUAUCAGGGAGAGCACUGUUUAAAAAAAAAAAAAAAAAAAAAAAGCAUUGCCACUGAGUGUGUGCAUUCAGCUCCACCAGCCAGACUUCUUGUUGUGAGAACAUGAUGCACAGAGGAUCUGAUUAUUACUGUUGCAGCAUGUUUUGAAAGAGAGCUACUUUUUCAGUCUGAAAACGAGCUGGAAAGAAUGCACUCAGCACCUUAAAAUAAUGUUUAAUAUUUUUCUUAGUCGAUGUUAAAUGCUGUCAUUCAUGAGGAUAAUUGAAUCCACACACUGUUCAAAUCAAUAUAUUUAUUCAUGUUUCUAUUCAAAUUUUGGAAUGGUAAAGAGUUGUUUGUGCUUUGUAUAAAUGGUGGUGAUCUAGCGUUGUUGGGAGAUCUUCCCCAUUCGUUUCCUGUUUUUGUUUACAAUUGAUGUCCUUUUUUUCCCACUACUUGAAUCUUCUUGUUCUCUUGACAGUUGUGUGAUGCAUUUAAGCCUUUAUGAGAGAAAUUAUUCUAAAGCAGGUCUUUUAAAUGAUUAUUUUAUUUUAUUAUUAUUAUUUUUUUUUUUUGGUUAUGGUAUAUUUCAUGGAUAGAGUACUGAUGGUUUUUAGAAUCAGCCACAGGAGUAAAGUGAGCACUGUUUGCCUUCCCAAGCCCACAUUUUUUCAUUUGCGAAUUUUUUUAAACUCCAGUAACCUCUUGAGAACAAAUUUCCAGUGAGAAUCAUGUGUUGUCAAGAUCCCAGUCUCCUUCCCUUCUUGCAUGUCCAAUCACUGGGAUGGAGCCCAGAUUUACUUGUGUCAAUCAUCUAGUUGAAAACGAGAGCAGAGUCACUCCCAACUCCUUGCAAGGAUUCUACCUCAGUUGUUUAGACAGAUGUUCGGGAAUACUAAUGCAAAAAAAAAAAAAAAAAAAAAAAAAAAAAAA